AACUGAACAGCUUAGUCGAUUAGAGACUCGCGAAAUAGGAAGAACUCCGACUUGCCCCGAUCCAUGAGAGAAAGAAAGAGAGAGAGAGAAGAGGAAAAAAAACAGCUAUUUCAAAAUUGAUUAACAAAGAGUUUCUUUCUGACAUCACAAAUAAACACCAUGUUCAUCAGUUUGUUGGUCCUUUUUGUCGGUCUAUCAACAAUCAAUGCACAAUAUGGGUGCUCAGAUAGGAGUGCUAUUUGCAUCAACAUCCACAACUGUUCGGAGAUUACAACCAUCUUGAGAAAUGCCGCAAGACCACUAUCACCACAGGUACAGCAGAUCCUUAGGGAAUUACAUUGUGGCUUCGAGGGCAAUGUCCCGAAAGUUUGUUGCAAGCAGCAACAAGUAACACACACGAUGACAUCGACGACGACGCCGACACCGACGCCGACGCCGACACCGACGCCGACGCCGACGCCGACGACGACGACGACGACCACGACGACCACGAUGUCGCCGACGCCGACAACGUUGACUACGAUGAUGCCGACGAUGACGACGACGACGAUGACGACGACGACGACGACGAUGGCGGCAAUGACAAUAACAACAGCAGCCCCAAAUUCAGAAGAUAUUACAGAUCCACCGGAUGUGACAAAUCAUCCGAAUCUGCAUCUUUUGGAUCACCAAAACUGCGGGCACUUUUUUGCGGAUGGAUUAUUCGGCAACAAAGCAAGAAUCUUCCAGUAUCCAUGGAUGGCAUUGAUCGCAUAUGAAAGCAACAUACCCCUGAAUCCGCAGUUUCUUUGUAGUGGCACAGUCAUCUCCUCGCGCUACAUCCUCACUGCUGCUCACUGCAUUACGUCACUCCCAGGAACUCUCAGACUAAAAGGCGUCAGGGUAGGAGAUCACGACAUAAGCACGGAACAUGACUGUGAGUACUUCAAUGGGAUGAAGGACAUAUGCGCUGAAAAGUAUCAAGAUUUCGGCGUGGAUAAUUUUUACUUCCAUCCGGGAUACACGACAACAGAGUUAAAAAAUGACAUCGGGCUUAUCAGGUUGAAUGAUAGCAUAGACUUCUCAUCUGAAAAUGUCAAGCCCAUUUGUUUACCUUUGAGUACUGCGGCGAAAGUAAAUAUUAGAAGGGCUCUGGUGACAGGCUGGCAUCUAGCAGAUGGGCGCAACACAUACCUUCAACAAGAAAGACAGCUGGUGGUUUCUACCGAGCAGUGUAAAGAGAUAUAUAACCAGUCCAAGUAUCAAAUCUGGUAUAAACAACUAUGCGCUGGUGGUCGAAUAAACGACACCUGUUUGGGCGAUGGAGGCAGUCCUCUGCAAAUGCCUGGUACAUACGGCACGUCAGUGCGUAUGAUCCAGCAAGGUAUAGUCAGCUAUGGAGCAACGUCAUGUGGCGUCGCGGGCAUCCCUGAUGUUUACACCAGAGUCGCCUAUUACAUGGACUGGAUCCUCAACACUAUGACAGAUUAAAAUGUAACUGAAACGUUAGGACGCAAGAUUCUCAUAUGUUUAAAAUUGGAAAGUAGAAUUCAAUUAAUCAACAUGAAAUAGACUAGAAUUAAAAAAAUUAUAUUUAAUUGGUCAAAUUCUAAUCUACAAUUCAUAAUCUUCAAUCACCAAUAUAUAGAGUUUAAUACAGAUUUAAUAAAAUUUGCGAUUGCUCUCUCACAAAAAAUCGCGAAACACUUUUUAGUUAAAAAUCUAUCUGUUUUUAUCUUAAAAGCAUGUAUUUAAAAAAAAAAAAAAGAGUUGACCACUCUCAACACUUUGGAUCAUAGACCUGCAGCGUACAGAGCAUAUACACAAAAAUCACAGACUUCGUUUCUUGGAUUCUUAAUUUAAAUUAUGGAAUCUUAAUUUAAAUUUGAAGUCAACAGAGACAUUAUCUACGAAGAAAAUUUUGAUUAUUGUUCGAAGACGACUUUUGUAAGAAAGGCACCGAGUUAAAAUAUAUUAUCGUACAUUAA